CCAUUACCUUAAAUGUUUUUUGUUGAAACAAUGUCAGUUUCACCACAGAUAGAGUGCGUGGUGGAUUCGUUUUCACCAGCAGUUAUGUAGACCAUAUAAAAGUACACAUGCCAAUAUGUUGGCUAUUCCAACCUCAAUAAUGUAAUCAUACAGUUAACAUAAAUAGAAAAAAGCAGUGUGACGCCAUUCUAAUUUGUGUCUGUAACGCUACAAAUUUCACACGAGAUCUAAAAUCGAAAUUCAUUACAUUGUUGUGCUUUGCCUUGUCUUUAAAACAUAUAUCGGUAUGUUAAUUUAUAGAUCCGUUUAUGUUUAUUAAAAGCAAAAAACAUUACAAAAAGGCUGAUAUGCAAUACCCUGUCCGGGCAAGUCCUGGUCAGUACUGAGGAUGUGAUGCGGAAAAUGGUUUUACUCAGUAGGGGUCGCGCUACCCCCACUCUUAGGCCCUGUCCACACUAUACCUUUAAACCGUUUUAGUUACCUGUAAAUCGGUCUAAAAGUGCUAAAUGUACAGUAUAAUAUUGCACUGGAGACCACCUCAAGGGAAAAAAUACAGUGUAUGGUUGGAUACUAUGAAUUUCCACUGUUCAUUGCGCUGCUAGGUGCUGUAACCGAACUUUUAGUGUGUGUACGCAUUAAUGAAACGGCAAUUCAAUGUGGACGCUUUGUUGAGCUGGAUUAGUUAGAAUGGUUUUGAGUACGGUUCUCGAGAUCGGUUAUGUUGCCAGUGGUUAAAUAUUUAUCAAUAUUUGAUUUUACUAGUAUCCAGCUAACCAACUGCUGUUGGAUUUACAUAGCCCACCGAUCAGCUUACUCCCAAAUGUGCUUACUGCAUGAAAAACAAUGAUCCUAAAGACUAACCGCGCUCAGUAUAAUAAGGGCUUUAUCUUAUGAGUGCUGGUCUGAAUUGUAAAUUCAAAUACACAUAUACAAAUUCAAAUUCUUAUUGUAUCUGUUCAGCUGCCAGCCGCACAUUCCUCUUAACACCUGCCCGUUAUCCCCAUUGAUUUAUAACCGUAACCCACACAUACAAGUAUAGGUUUAAAUAUACUGAACAUCCGUUAUAACAAUGCCAUCUUACAGGAUGCCAAAAAAAAAAAGAAAAGACGUGUCAGUUAGCGAUGUGAAAAGGCCUUUUUUCAGUUAUGGUGUUAAACCGUUGGCAACUGUCAUGUAAUAUUUAAUUGUGUUUGUAUUAUUAUUGAAUUUUUUUCCAGUAAAAUAUUCAGUGAAUGUACAAAUGCAGAGUAACAGAUUUUGAAUAUGAUUUAAAACCUGGAACUGUGUUCGCUUCUUUUGUUUCCUCCCGGGGGUUCCAUGACAUCAACACUUUCAUGUAGAGCCUGCAAGCAACCACAGUCUGAUGUGUACCAAGGCAGGGGAGGAAGUAGAAAGGGAAAGUACAUCAUAUACUGUAUAUAAUCUGCUGUCAUAGCAAGCACAGUGUAUGCCAUGCGUCUGUCCUCCCUCCUGGCCUUAUUCAGGCCUGCACUUCCUUUAAUCCUGGGGCUUUCCUUGGGGUGCAGCCUCAGUCUGCUGACCGUGUCCUGGACACAGGGGGACACUGAUGAACCCUGUGGGGAUGGGCUUGUAAAUGGAGGGCUGUUUGCUGGAAACCAGGGACACAACACUAAAGGUGGCAACGAGGCAGGUGGAGAGAAUGAAGAUUUCCAGCCACACAUUGUUCCUUAUUACAGGGACCCCAACAAACUGCACAAAAAGGUCUUUAGGACGCGGUACAUCCACACAGAGCUGGGUAUACGAGAGCGCCUUCUAGUGGGAAUCCUGACAUCACGGGCCACGCUGACCACGCUGGCAGUGGCGGUGAACCGCACGGUGGCACACUACUUCCACAAGACCUUCUUUUUUACAGGGGUUCGGAGCCCCAAGAUACCCCACGGCAUGCAGGUGGUGGCUCACGGGGACGAUCGGCCUGUCUGGCUGAUGUAUGAAACGGUGCGCUACCUCCACCAGCACUUCGGGGGAGACUAUGACUGGUUCUACCUGGCGCAGGACGACACUUACACGCAGGCAGAGCGGCUAAGCCAGCUGGUGAGCCAUCUCAGCGCCGGGCAGGACCUGUACCUGGGACGCGCUGAGGAGUUCAUUGGUGGAGACGAGCACGCCCGCUACUGCCACGGAGGCUAUGGCUACCUGCUGUCCCGCAGCCUACUGGCCCGCCUGCAGCCGCACCUGGACACCUGCCGUAACGACAUCCUGAGUGUGCGGCCCGACGAGUGGCUCGGCCGCUGCAUCAUCGACUCCCUGGGGCUGAGCUGUGUGGAGGUGCACCAGGAGAUGCAGUAUCGGUAUUUUGAGCUUGGGAAGAACGCUGACCCUGAACGCGAGGACAGUGCUGCAUUUAAAAACGCCUUCACAGUCCAUCCCGUCUCCGACCCCACGCUGAUGUAUCGGCUGCACAAGCGCUUCAGUCAGAUCGAGCUUGAGAGGACCAACCUUCAGAUCCAGCAACUACAGCUCCAGAUCGGUAACCUCAGUUCGUUGACACCAGAGGGGAAGGCAGGGACCACCUGGCCCAUUGGCAUCAACUCUCCCUUCAAGCCCAAAACCCGUUUUGAGGUGAUUAACUGGGAGUACUUCACAGAGGAACACAUCUACCCCUGCAUCGAUGGGGCUCCCAAGUGUGAACUACGGGGGGCAGACCAGGCAGAUGUAAGUGAUGUGGUGGAGACGGCUGUGAAGAGGCUGAACGAGCACUACCAGCCCGUCCUGCGCUUUCGCAAGCAGCGUCUGCUAAAUGGCUACCGGCGCUUCGACCCCACACGGGGCAUGGAGUACACCCUGGACUUGGCCCUGGAGGCCUUCACUCAGAAGGGACACAGCCAGGUGAUAGCCAAACGGGUGGGCCUCUUGCGGCCGCUUAGCUCCAUCGAGAUCAUCCCCAUGCCCUACGUGACAGAGGCCACCAGGGUGCAGGUCAUCCUUCCUGUCACGGCCCACGAGCAAGACUACGUGGGUAACUUCCUGGACAUGUACGUGAUGAAUGCUCUGGACACCCAUGACAAUGUGCUCCUGACCUUCCUCUUCAUCUACGAACCCUUCGAUGCCCAGAUGGUCAGCCAGAAUGAUGUCUUUGCUGGGAUCAAGUCCAUGAUUGGCGAGGUGGAGAAACGAUAUGCAGAUGUCAAGAUCCUCUGGAUCAGCGUCAAGACUGAGGUCCCCUCUCAGGUCAAACUGAUGGACAUCAUUUCCAAGAAGCACCCCGUUGACACUCUGUUCUUUCUGGCUAGUGUCUGGACAGAAGUCAACACCGACUUCCUCAACAGGUGCCGGAUGAACGCAAUCAGCAACUGGCAGGUCUUCUUCCCUAUCCACUUCCAGGAGUACAGCCCAGCCAUCGUGUAUCGUGACCAACAGCCCUCUGUUGCUUCCUCCUCGGCCGCCGAGUCGCUGAAGGAUGGCCAUUUUGACCGCUACGUCUUUGAAGAGGCCUGCUUCUACAACGCAGACUACAUGGCUGCACGCACCAAGAUGGCGGCCGACAUCCUGGACAACGAUGAGAUGUUGGAAAGCAUGGAUGUCUACGAGAUGUUCAUUCACUACUCCAGUCUACACGUCUUCCGUGCUGUUGAGCCUGCUCUGAUGCAGAAGUACAUCCGCAGAACGUGCAAUCCUCGCUUCAGUGAGGACAUCUACCACCGCUGCGUGCUGAGCAACCUGGAGGGGCUGGCCUCCCGAUCACACUUGGCUAUGGCCCUGUUUGAACAGGAGCAGGCCAACAGCACUUAAAGCAACUCUGUACGGGCACGCCGCCACACAUUUGCAACUCCAGCAUAUUAAAUUCAAUAACUGAACACUUUUGAAACUGGAUGGACCUGUUACUAAUAAGAUUAGGAAACCCUGGUCUUACUGCUCAACCCUGGUCUAAACUGGAAAGCAAAAGAGAAGUACAUACUCCCAGGGUUCUCCCCAGGAAUUCUGUACAGCCGGACGGCAGAGCGUUAUACCCAAGAGCACUUUUAACGGAAAAAUUACCAUAAGUAUAUUAUCCGACAAAGAAUUUGAAUAACGUGUGCGUUUCAUUGACUAUAUCUGGUUGCUUUUUUACUUUUUACUUUUUAUUA